AAUAAACUUAUCAAGCGGCAAGAUCAGUGAAACUUUCACAAUUAGUACAAUCGUAUUCCACAAUUUUCAGGGUCAGCUUAGAGCCGCCAUGUUGAGUAGCAUCAUCGCCAUACUAAUCGCCACCUGCACUUGGAUUCGGAGUACAAACGGCCUCGCCUGUCAGCAGUGCAGUUUUGAAGACGAUCUCCAGGAUGCCUGCCGGAUCCCGUGGCCUGGUGGCGCUAUCUCGCGGCUACUGCAGUGUCCCGAUGUGUCGGGGUUCUGCCAAGUGGGCAUCGUCCUCAUACCCGAAAUAAAUCUGCAGACCGGCCAGAUAGGUCACGUGAUGGGCCGCAACUGUGGCAGUUCACGUCCAGAUGUACGAAGGGACAAUGCGGCUUUAUGGGCCACUCGGUCGCCCGGGGAUCUGAUAGCCUGCCAAGAGAUACCGCUACGCCGUGUGGAUAGUAGUAGUAUGUUCAGCAAGCGGUCAAUCAACUUACGCUGCGUGUGCCGGCAUGAUGGCUGCAACAAUCAGACGGUGACUGAUAUGCUGCGUAUACGCCAGGAACGCCAGUAUGAUGAGGCGGAGGUGAGGUCAGAAUUCAUUACCAGAUACACCAAUCCGGAGCCGCUGGGCGAUGUCGUCACGGAGGAGAAUGCUGGAGAGAAUACCGAGCACGAAGUUCCACCUUACGAGGGUGAAGAGAAUCCGCCGAGUAUUUUUCAGCGGCAGACAGCGGCAUCGGAACAACUGUUGGCUGUCCCGAAUUACUUUUUCUUCCGAUAAAGGUUCCAUGCAGACAAAUCGCGGCAAAACAGCUGAAGACUUGCGGUAUAUAAUUUUAACUACGCAAUGUAUCGGUUUUAUUAACGUAAUGAUGGCUGGAUUAAUCCUGGAAUUGCCGGCAAUAAAAAAUGAUUGACGAUGCCCAUUCAACGGUCAUAUUCCCAAUAUAAACAAUGCCUUUAUGUAUUCGGAGAAAGCAGAAAACAUUAUUUUUUUAAUUCUUAAUUAAUUCUGCAAU